UCCAUUUCGGGUGCUGGAAUUGCCUAUUUGCUUAAAAUAUUCUCCUACUCCAUAGAUCAGAAAGCAUAUUGAUAAAUGAAGCGCACAACAUAUCGGGGAUCAUCAGCAAACUCUUCACGAUGGCUACAACAACGGCGAGCGACCCGUUCUAUGGAGUCAAACCCGUCAACGUGACUCUCGACCUAGCCAUCACCUCAAUCAGCCACAUUUCUGAGAAAGAUAUGGUUCAUGAGGUUCAUAUGAAUGAGUCAAUAUUAAUCAACGGGAGCGACGGGAGCCAAGUCGGAGACUUAUCGAACCAGUUUCAAGAUAAACCAGCCGAGUCAAGAGACCUAAGCUUAUUGGCUGAUAAGGUCUCACGUGUUUGCUUUCCAAUUAGUUAUUCACUUAUUACACUGUUAUAUUUUAUUGUUAUUCUUUUUUUCGUGUAGCAAAGCCUUUUUUGAUUGAAAGUUUUCCGUGAAAAUUUCCAGUGGAACCUCCAUGUAGUAGCCUCCCCAGCAGGCGUUUUUAGGCAGGCGUCGCUCGCUCGCUCCCUCCCCCCCCUCCCCCCCACAAACGCCUGCUUCACCGAGCAGGUUUUAUGUUAAUAUUGUUUUCUAAAUUGCUUCAAUACCCAAUCAGCUUCAAUGUAUUGUCAUAUUUUAGCCAAUCAAAAUAUUUUGGAGAUAAGUUAGUGCAACAGGCAUUCAAUUUGCGCUCUACGUUUAUCGCGCCGUUAUUGACACGACUCCAAUUCCAACACCAAAAUACGUGAAAAAUAAAAAAAAAUUGUAGACCAUAUAAUAUUGUGUUUGAGUCUUCCUUUAUUUCAAUUUUGCCUUAAGAAUGUCAGUAGAGUGAGUUUGAAGUUCGAAUUGUGUUUUUUUACAAUUUGAUCGUAAAAACUUCGAACACACGACGGCUAUACAACAAAACUUACAAAAA